CUUGUCUCCGUAUCUAAACUUGUAUCCGUAUCUUGUUCAGGCCAAAACCCAAAACCCUAUCUUGUUCAAGCUAAAAGCCUAAACCCAUCUCUCUCUCUCUCUCUCUCUCUCUCUCUCUCGGUGCAAAUGGCGCUUUCCAGCAUUGUCCGCAUGCCGGUCUCCGCCAUUCUACCCCCGGCGAUUCAACGCACCGGAAGUCAAAGGUAUCCCCACUCUUCUGCUCUUUUCUGCACCGUCAAACACAGCAACCUCUCUCUCCAUGGCUCUCGGAAGUCAAAGGCAGGGUUGUCCGUUCGCUCUUCCAAGUCAAAGAAGCAGCCCAGCCCCGACGAGUCUCUCCUCCGAGUCCUUGAGUCAGAAAUUUCCAAAGCCGCCGUCGAAGAGUCUGACGGUUAUACUGUCGUGAAUUCCUCUUCGGAUGAACAGGUUCCAAAGAACUUGCCCUUCAAAAUUCAAGAUAACCCAGGGCAACAAAUGAUAUUGUUGACUAGAGAAUAUAAGGGAGAAACUAUCAAUGUUGAAGUUUACACUCCAGCUGAGGAUGAAGAUGAAGAUGAAGAUGAAGAUGAAUAUGAAGAUGAAGAUGAAAAUGAGGAAGAGGAAGUGGAGGAAGCGAAGAGCCAUAAGGGUGAGGACGAGGACGAUUCAGUUGAUGACUAUGAAUCUCGCAUCCCCCUAGCUGUUAAAGUUUCUAAGAAGAGCGGACCCAGUUUGGAAUUUGGUUGUACUGCAGACCCUGAUGGGUUUGAAAUAGACUACUUGUCAAUAAAGGAUCCAGAAAAUGCACAGGAGGAUGAUAUUGCAUAUCAGGGGCCCAAGUUCUCGGACUUGGCCGAAGAUUUGCAAGAUGCUCUCUACAAGUAUCUAGAGAUUAGGGGGUUCAAUGACAACACAGCACGUUUCUUGCAUGACUAUAUGACAAGCAAAGACAGAAAAGAGUACACGAUAUGGCUGAAAAGACUCAAGAAGUUCGUUGAGGAGUAAAUUCUAGCGCAGUAGGAAAUUUUGGGUCACUGUACCACACCAACCUUGUCUUGUGUUGGUUAUUUUGCGUCUUUAUCUGCUGUCACUUCCAUGUUGUCUGCUUCUUAUGUCAAGUCUCGGUAAUUUUGAACCAUUGUUUCAUUUGUACUUUUUGAGCUUGUUGGGGGCAAUGUUGAUCUCUUCCAUCUCUACGUCUGUCAGAACCUUUUUUCUCUAGAAAGUUCACUCUUUGUUUGACCA